AUGCUGAUUUUCCUUCUCAUCAUCCUGAAGGAGCCCAACAUGCCAGAAGCUGACUGCAGCUGUGCACCAUCAUCACAAUGCAAGUGCAACGAAAUGGGCCUAACCAGCAUCCCUGAGAACCUCCCAACAUCCAUCAAACUCUUAAACCUGGCAAGCAACCAGAUAACAACCAUUCAGAAAGGUUCUUUUCAAAAGCUUCCCAUGCUAGUCUACUUAAACCUGUGUGGUAACAAGAUAACAAUGAUUCAAGCAGGGACAUUUCAAAAUCUACCCAGACUAAACAAGUUGCUCCUGCAUAAAAACCAGAUAACAACGAUUCAGCGUCAUGCAUUCCGUAAUUUACCCCGACUAGAAAAGUUGUUCCUGUCCCACAAUAAGAUACAGUUGGUUAACUUUGCAAAUCUGCCCCGACUGGCACAGUUGUACCUGGACAACAACAAUAUAACGGCAAUUACGUCUCAUACAUUUGAAAAUCUUCCCCGGCUCCAAGUUUUGGACCUCCGGUAUAACGAGUUGUCUCCAGAUAACAUGUAA